ACCAAUGGAAUUGCAGGAAAGAAUGGGGUGGUCUUAAGCUGCACUAGAGUUUUCUGCCCUUUGGAGUAGAUCUCCAUGAUUAUAGAUUGGUUCACUCUCAGCUGUGUUAUGGGUAUGGACAUGAUAAUUAGGACAGCUCAUACUGUUGGACAUUCGCUCCAUGUUGGUGGAGAUAUUGGCCACAGGACCACUGACCAGUGUCGCCAGCAGAAGGGUGUAGAGGACCCACCGCCCAUACUUACCCAGAACCUCCGGUAUCAGGAUGCAGACGAUGCACCGACAGGCUGCCGAGAGGCUCAUUCCUAUCAGCAAUAUCACAGAGAUUGAUCCAGCAAUGUAGACGGACAAGAGGAAAGCAAUGCCGUAGAUAUACCACAGAAUGCCCAGGAGAGCACCCCCGGCGAUGAGUCCCCCCACGGCUCCAUACAGUCCACUCAGUUUCCUACAGAAGGAAAUAAAACAACAAAGAUGCACCACAAAAAGGAUGUGUCCCCCCUGCUGUGUGACAAUUUUAAUCUCGUGUUUUGUUUAUAGGCAAUAUUGACAUAUAUUAACUGUAUAACUGCUAAUAUUUCACUGGUCAUCAUUGUGCCACUUUGAUCAGUGAAAUGAUAGCAGUCAAUAUUAUCUGUUAAUUGUGUUAUUUUCAGACCUGAUUAAUUGACUGCUUUACCUUUAAUACUUGUGGUAAUGGUGCCUUUAUGAGACUGUUUAUCGAUACAUCUGUGUGUCUUUUGUCUGUACAUAUCAAUCUUUGAUUCUGGAAAUAAAGUUGUGUAUCUGUUACUAGUAUCUCAUGAAAGAUGGGGGAAAAAAGAGAAAUCUUAUUUCAAAUACAUUAAAGAACACUAGUAUAUCACAUAGAUGUGAGUACUUUUCACAAGGUGCUGUUGAUUUGUAGGAGGAGUUUGUCCCCCAGAAAGGACGCCGUGUUCUCUGGUACAGCUGUGGGCCCACAGUCUACGAUUCCUCGCACAUGGGCCAUGCCCGGUCGUAUAUUUCUAUAGACAUUCUGAGGCGAGUUCUUCAGAACUACUUCAACUACGACGUCUUCUACUGCAUGAACAUCACUGAUAUUGACGACAAGAUUAUCAAGAGAGCUCGUCAGAAUUACCUGUAUGAGGAAUACCGGAACAAGAACCUGGCAGUGUCACAGAUCCUGGGGGACGUGGAGGCAGCCCUGAAGCCUUUCCUAGUCAAACUGGAACAAGAGCAGGAUCCCGACAAGAAAACCAUGUACUAUAAAAUCAAGGUCAAGGUGGAAAAAGCUGUGUCAGAGGUCAAGGCCAGUCAGGAUGAGGCUCAGUUUAGAGAGAGACUGUAUGUUGAUGGCAAGGAUGUUCUCUGUGAUUGGUUGGAUAAACUCCAUGGGUCAGAGGUCACAGACAAUUCCAUAUUUGCCAAGCUGCCACAGUUCUAUGAAGAAGACUACCAUAAAGACAUGGCAGCUUUAAAUGUCAUACCAGCUGAUGUCCUUACCAGAGUCAGUGAAUAUGUACCAGAAAAUGUGGACUACAUCAAGAAAAUCAUAGAGAAUGGUUUUGGAUACGAGUCCAAUGGGUCAGUUUAUUUCAACACUGCUGCCUUUGACAACACGGAGGGUCACACUUACGCCAAGAUUGUCCCUGAGGCUUAUGGUGACAAAGCAGCCCUCAAUGAGGGAGAGGGUGAAUUGAGUGUGUCAGCAGAGAGGCAGGAAGAGAAGAAGAACUCGACAGAUUUUGCCCUGUGGAAGGCCUCGAAGCCUGGUGAACCCUCGUGGGACUCGCCCUGGGGAAAGGGUCGUCCAGGUUGGCAUAUUGAAUGCUCUGCGAUGGCCAGCAGUAUCCAAGGAGAAUCUCUAGAUAUCCACACUGGAGGCUUUGAUCUCAGAUUUCCACAUCACGAUAAUGAACUCGCUCAAGCAGAGGCUCACUUCAACAAUGAUCACUGGGUGAGAUACUUCCUCCAUGCUGGUCAUCUGACCAUUGAAGGCUGCAAGAUGUCCAAGUCUCUGAAAAACUUCAUCACCAUCAAGGAUGCCCUGAAGAAGCACACGCCUCGACAGUUGCGUCUCCUCUUCCUGCUUCACCAGUGGAAGGACACGCUAGACUACGGGGAGAACAGCAUGGAGGUUGCCAUCAGAUACGAAAAAAUGGUCAAUGAAUUUUUCCUGAAUGUGAAGAACUUGUUGAGAAGCACUCCCGGUACAGGAAUAGCUUCCUUUGAGAAGUGGUCUAAGGAAGAAAUGGACCUUAAUGAGAGGUACUUUGAAACCAGAGAUGCUGUGCAUGAAGCCCUGUGUGAUAAUGUCAACACAAGGACUGCCUUAGAACACCUGAGGGAGUUGAUUGGAACAGCCAACGUCUACAUGGCCAACUCCAGGUCUAACGACAAGACACCCAAUAGAAUGAUCCUCAAGAACAUUGCAGGCUACAUCACUGAACUGUUCAAGGUGUUUGGAGCUAUUGAAACAGAUGAAGAAAUUGGUUUCCCACAAUCCACCACACAAAAUGUCAAUGUUGAAGAAACAGUGAUGCCUUUCCUCACAGCCUUCGCUCAGUUCAGAGAGGAUGUGAGGACAAUAUCCAGAGAACAGAAAGCCAUAGAAAUCCUGAAGUUGUGUGACAAGCUGAGGGAUGAUGUUUUGCCAAACCUAGGGGUGCGUUUAGAGGAUGGAACUUCGCCGCCCACCAUCAAACUCGUAGACCGAGAAACUUUGAUGAAGGAACGGGAGGAAAAACUGAAGCAAGAGGAGCUGAAACAACUAGAAAAAGAGAAAAGGAAACUAGAAAUGGAAGCUAAGCUUGCUCAGGAGAAGAUACCACCCUGGGAACUCUUCAAAAAAGAAACAGAUAAAUACUCACAGUUUGACGACAAGGGAAUCCCUACACACGACACAGAAGGAAAGGAGCUGUCCAAAGGUCAGAUAAAGAAGCUGGUCAAGCUGUACGAGAAACAGGAAAAGACGUACAACAAGCACAUGGCGAACGCAGAAACUAAUAGUGGGUCCUAAUCACGGCUCGCGUCGCUAGUGUUGUUGACUUUUAAUUUAUUUAUACUUCUAAAAGUAGAGCGUUGAUGAAAUGUGCGGCUUGUAUGAUAAACACCAGUGACUGAAUUUUAUACCGGAAUUAGAAAACAACAUGUGCGAUUUGGUGUACCUCUAUAUGGUACAGAAGAUUAUCGGCAGUGGAUGGGAUGGUUAAAAAUGACUCUCAUGUUGUGAUCAUGCACCAACAAAUGUUGUAAAAUUAACAACAGGGACGGAGUCAAGAUAUUGUAAAAACUUACAAUUACUACCUUUGUUUGUAAAUUUAAUGCCAUUAUGUCUUUGUAAUUUGAUCUGUCUUAGUUUGCAUGACAUAUUGUUCAGUUCAAAAUAUUGUUAAAAGUAGACGUAAUAUACAAGUGGUGAAGGAUGCAUUUGCAAAGCCACACCCCAAAAAAUGAAUGACUGGGUAGAUCUGUAUACAGAAGUACAGUGCAUUUAUGAUUGAUUAUUUAAUUCAUACGAUAAAAGGUGUGUGGUCUUAAUCAUUUAUGCUAAGCUUCAUUCUGUAGUGUUUGGAAUAAUUGUAUUGUCUUUCAGUGGGAAUUCUUCCAUUAUAUGUCAUGUAAUUUCAUACAUUUAUGUCUUGAGAUCUGAAAUCACAAUUCACUUUCUGAAUAUUUUUAGGCUAAAGAACUUUGAAUAACUUGUGAAUUCACAGGGCCCAACAACACUUGAUGUGAAUGACAUCCUUUUCUUGUUAAAAUUUAGUUUAAGAUGCUGUCUAAAGGACACACUUUGGCUUGUGUUAUUUUCGCCUUAAUAUAUUGAAAAGGGAUUUUGCUCGGGUUUGAAUUUUGCCCAAAGCCGUCUUUUGUUACUUCACUGUAAUGAAUUAAAUUAUAUUUUCCAAGUGUAAAUCUACCAUCUUGUAAAUGAGUGUUGACCUGGGAUUUGACAUGAUAGCAUGCUUUGUGAUUUAGUUCUUCAUUUUAAACAAGCUGCUGGCUUGGAUUUCUCGAUCGAGAGAGAAAAUCGCAAACUUAUUAAGUCUUUUAUUUCAGCAGUCAAAAUUUGAGUAAAAUCUCAGACUUAAGUCCAACUUUCGACUUAAGUUCUUUUUGAGAAAUCCAAGCCUGGCCUGAGCUUGAUUUAGAGACAUGUGAUUAAAGUAAACAGCAAUUCAGUUGUGAUUUUUGUAUCUGAUAGCUUACACAUUAAUAAAAAGAUGCAUAAAAUUUA